AUGGUCACCAACUUUGAUUUGUCCAAGAAGCUUGUCAAUGAAAUGACUGAUUGUCAAGAAAUGACUGAAAAAAUCAAAAAAGGUGAAUUCGUGAAAAAAAAAGUUUAAUUUUCAAAAGUUUAUAUUUUACAGAAGUUCCAAUGUCUGAAGAGAUCUGUGUCGGCAAGAAUCCAGAUGCAUCAAUUCUCGAAAUCAAACCAACAUGUGAAACAGUUGGCAUCUUCGCAACAGGUAAUAUUACUAUCACAACAAAAAAAGAAACUCACUCAUUCAAUUUUUUUAGGUUGUGUUUGUCAAAUCUGCGGAGUUCAUAGCAGAGAGGCUGCUGUGCUCGUUGAAAAUGGAAAUCCAAUUGAUCUCAACAUGUUUCAUGCUGAAGAGCUGGUUGAAGUUUUGGAACUAGGUAUAGUAGUGAUAAAUAAUUAGAGCAUAUAUACAUAUAACAGAAAUACAUUUCAGACAAUGCAAAGGAACCAUGUUAUCUUUUCAUGGAACAGAUGCAACAAUUUUUGCUUGUCUGGAUCGCAUUCACGCUUAGCUUAAUGAUGAUGUACAUGUUGUAUUGUCAUUAUUAUCAUUGUUGA